AAAAUAAAUUAUUAUAAAUUAUUAAGAAGUAUAAAUAAUACUCCCACUUAUAUACAAAUAUACAAUAUACUCCACAUCUACAAUCUACAGUUUUACACCCAUGGUACUUAUGAUAGACCAACACUUCACAACAAAAUCCAACCGUUCAAUUCAUCUACGAUUAAAAUCAACAAAUACCCAUUAGCCACGUAGAAAAGAACGCGACCAUACAAAAACAUUCAACACAUAUAAUCAUAAUCCAUGAUUAAAAAUAACGGAUAAGUGCAAUUUGAAAGUAUCCAUUUUUGUACUACCACUACUAGUUAAGUAGAAAAAUUCUUUGUUAUUUUAUGGGUAGCAACUGCACAAAUUUAUAGGAGAGAGAAAGAAUUUAAAAGAAAAUUUUCGGAAAAAGGGGAAGAAGAAGAAGAGAGAGAAGAGAAGAUAAUAAUGGAGAUCUAAAAUCUUACUGAGGGUGGGUGGGCAACGGGUAGUUUUGUGGGAAGUUAUUCUGUGCGGUGUCGACCACCGUAACUGCCUGAGGAGAAGAUCCGACGGUGGGUAUUUGUAGAGGGGAUGAUGAAAUGUUGAUUUGAUGUGAUAUUGUUUAUCAUUUGUUAAAAUGAUGUUAUUCUGAUUGAUUGAUCUAAUCUUCAAUUAUAUCAAAAAGCUGUAAAGUGUUUAUUUAAAACUCUCUUCAAAUUAUUCCUACUUUCUCUCUCCUGGAUAUUGCAGCUGCUUUUGCUUCUCCUCAGGUGGAUAUAGCGGAAGACUAAAUAGUCUAAAACAAGAUGUCCUUCAAGGGCAUUGUAAGGGAACUUAGAGAAAUGAGAGAGGGGAUUGGAAACCUCUCGAGACGAGGCGAAGGGGGUAGACCUUGGAGGGGGAGAACUAGGUCACAUAUAGCACCUGAUCAAGCAACACCUAGUAUCGAGCUCGAGGAAGUUGAGCAAGGUCGGUGGGCGAAUUUGCCUCCCGAAUUGCUUUUGGAUAUCAUUAGGAGGAUUGAAACUAGUGAGACAUCUUGGCCUGCAAGGAGUGCUGUUGUUUUUUGUGCUGCUGUUUGUAGAUCAUGGAGAGAUGUUACUAAGGAGAUUGUUCAAACUCCAGAGCAAUGUGGAAAGCUCACGUUUCCAAUCUCUUUGAAGCAGCCUGGGUCUCGUGAUUUGCCAAUUCAAUGUUUUAUCAAAAGGGAUAGAGGAACUUCAACUUUUCGACUAUUCUAUGGAUUGACACCUGCUGAAGACGAGCACGAUAAGUUAUUAUUGGCUGCUAGGAAGAUCAGAAGAGCAACAAGCACUGAUUUCGUAAUAUCAUUGGUUGCAGACGACUUCUCUAGAGCUAGCAAUGCAUACGUUGGAAAGCUCAGGUCGAAUUUUUUGGGUACCAAGUUCACAAUGUAUGACAGCCAACAACCGCCUGAUGCCAACGUUAAAACACACAGCCGAUCAAGCCGUAGGUUUCAUUCUAAGCAGGUUUCUCCGAAAGUUUCUGCUUUCAAUUACAGCAUAGCAACUAUCUCUUAUGAGCUUAGUGUUCUUCGUACGCGGGGACCCAGAAGACUACAUUGUGUGAUGCACUCGAUUCCUCUUGCUUCCAUUCAAGAAGGAGGCUCAGCACCAACGCCUCAAUCGUUUCCACAAUUAUCCGAUGAAAAGCAAUGUCCGCCCACGCCUAGUUUACAAGGGAAGGAUCAAGCUAUUAUUGGGUUUAGUUCUACCAGUCUUUCAGACCCACCACCCGGAUACUCAGACGACAGACUUGUACUGAAAAACAAAGCUCCAAGAUGGCAUGAGCAGCUGCAGUGUUGGUGCUUGAACUUCAGAGGCCGAGUAACUGUCGCCUCGGUCAAGAAUUUUCAGCUCGUGGCAGCUGUUGAGCCGCACCACAAUGUUUCUGCGGCUGAGCAAGAAAAAGUCAUACUGCAAUUCGGAAAAAUAGGGAAGGAUAUAUUCACGAUGGACUAUCGAUACCCACUCUCUGCCUUCCAGGCCUUUGCAAUCUGUCUUAGCAGCUUUGAUACAAAGCCGGCAUGUGAAUGAAUUCUCUCGGGUUACCCCUCGAAAAGAUUUUCUUGCCCGUUUCCUGGCAGAUGCUGAUACUGUCGGAAAACCUGUGCUUAGACCCAUGUGAACCUGAGCUACUGUGCAAAUCUUGGAAGUUUCUGUUGCAGAAUAACAAUGUAUGUAUAUUUAUGGUUCGAAGAGAAAAUAGCGUAUGUUGUAAUUCAUUUUCGUUCAUCUCGGUAAUGUUUACAUGUAUGUGCCUCAAAGAGAAACCGGUAGUACGAUCGUGCAAGAUCCGACUCCAUUUGAUUAGUUUAAUCUGCUUAAGAAUUUUGCCUAAACCUAAAGAAUGGCUUAGUGCAAUUGUUAGUUCCACACAUUUGAAAAUUUCUUUUUCAGUCUGAUGUGGAAUUUGUGCUAGUCACUAUCACAUGAUUCACUGAUCUCCUAAUAAGCGAAUUAUAAUUGGUUUUGGACUAUUUUACGGUAAUUUUGAACGAAUUGCGAAUUCAAAAAGUGAAUUAAUAGGCAAAUUAUGUUACAAUGAUUCAAGUCCUUGUCAAUGUUAUCAUAAGGUCAAACCCCAUUUAGCAAAGUGCCCAAUUAGGAUGGGAACAUGCCCUACUCAUUAAAUUCCCUGUGAUGAUGCUUAGGAUGUGGAUGAACAGAUAAACUUAAAGCCUAAAAGUGCCUAUUGGAAGAUGGUAGGAGCCAACAACUGGAUUCUUCCACCAUCCUAAGUGAUAAUUGAUAUUGACAUUCACCAGAGAUUAUAAUGUGCUGUAUGCAAUGGGUAGGCUGUGUUUGUGUGGUAGGGCAUGGGCAAUCUACACAUCCCAUUUGGGGUGUUUACUACUUUAAAACCAAGCUG